UUAUCAGCCGUCACAUAAACAUUACACUGCACGCGGUUGUCUGACUGUUAGGCAGUUAUCAUGCGUGAUAUAUUUACACAGAUACUUUACGAAUAAAUUAUAUUUUAGUAUAACCGAGUGUUUUAUCGUAUCGACACGCGUUUGUUAGGACGGCAGACUGAAUCAGGAGAGAGAGAUGAUGCUGUCUAGCCUGAUAGUAGCCUCUCCUGCACGCGCAUACGCAAUAAAAGCGAUAAGACUGAGUCUAUAUUAAUACUGUUUACAUUAUGGAUGGGAUGUUUUACCUCUGACCUCCUUGGACUUGUGUUAUUGAACCAUCGCCUCAACAAGGAUCGACAAGAAAAGGUAAACAUUGCUACAUUUGGAGGCCACUUGACUUGCUCUCUUACGUUACCUCAGGAGAGAUGGGAUGAAUAAUGUCUUGUUUUGGAGCGGUGGACUGUAUUAGGGAUGUUCUCGCCACAGAGGAAGGAUUAUGUCUCUCUGACACUGGGAGAUCAGCACAGUAGCAGUUACACCAAUGGGAAACAUCGGAGGCAGUCCUGCUGGAGGAAAUGGAAACAGCUUUCUAGACUUCAACGCAGUCUCAUUCUCUUCAUCCUCGCGUUCCUCUUCAUCUGUGGAAUCUUGUCUUAUUCCAAUCUGACAGAGCAGUGGAGAGGCCUCCCUGAUCGAUCUGUGAAGGAGGAUUGGGUCGAAAUGGAUAACAGAGGUCUUAGGCCCAUCCCUCCUGGCCUCAUCCCAAAACUUCCUGGCAUCGCCCCUGGGGUCAUUCAGGAUAUCCCACCAGAAGUUCUGCCGGAGCUUCAAAGGCCAAACAUUCCGCUUCUUCCCAAACCCCAAGCCAUGAGGAAGCCCCCCAGUAAACGCGGCCCACCAGCUCUACAGAAACGAGUGAAUGCGACAGACCCACAGCUUAAAGAUAGAGAAAAACCAGUGAUCAUGAGAGAAGAUGAAGGGGGAACCGAGGCAAAAACAGUCAUUAGCUGGCGUGGGGCGAUGAUCGAGGCAGAACAGGGGACAGAGCUUCAGAUCACCCCUAAUGGAAAAGAGGCCGGAACUGAUUUCGAAGAGGGGGCCUCUUUAAAACCAGUUACAGUUAAGGCUGUGGAUCGAGCUGAGGCGGUGCGGGAGGCAUUUAAACACGCGUGGAAGGGCUACAAGGCAUUUGCUUGGGGUCAUGAUGAACUCAAGCCCAUCUCUAGGACUCAUGCGGAGUGGUUUGGUCUGGGACUCACUCUGAUAGACGCACUAGACACCAUGUGGAUAUUGGAUCUGAAGGAUGAGUUUGCAGAAGCAAGGAAGUGGGUCGAGACAGAAUUAUCCUUUUCUAAGAAUGUGGAUGUCAAUCUUUUCGAAAGUACUAUUCGUAUAUUGGGAGGCCUCUUAAGCACAUACCAUCUGACCGGCGACACACUGUUUUUGGAUAAAGCUAAGGACAUUGGGUCCAGAUUAAUGCCUGCCUUUAAGACACCAUCCAAAAUCCCCUUUUCUGAUGUGAAUAUCGGCAAAGGUACAGCUCACCCUCCACGCUGGACCACAGACAGCACCGUCGCGGAGGUGACCAGCAUUCAAUUGGAGUUCAGAGAGCUCAGUCGACUCACGCAGGACCAACAGUACCAGAAAGCAGUUGAGGAGGUGACCAGACAUGUGCACAAGUUAGAGGGGAAGCAUGAUGGUCUGGUGCCCAUGUUCAUAAACACAAACAGUGGAAAGUUUACACGCAAAGGAGCCUUCACGCUGGGAGCCCGUGCCGACAGCUACUACGAGUACCUGCUCAAGCAGUGGCUACAGGGUGGCAAAAAGGAAACCGAACUGUUAGAGGACUAUCUUCAAGCUAUAGAAGGUGUCAAAAAGAAUCUCUUGAGACAGACCUCUCCUAGUAAACUGACUUUCGUAGGAGAGCUGGCCAACGGUCACCUCAACCCCAAAAUGGAUCAUCUAGUGUGUUUUCUGCCGGGCACACUGGCUCUCGGUACUCAUAAUGGACUGCCAGACGAUCACAUGGAUCUGGCUCAGCAGCUAAUGGAGACGUGCCAUCAGAUGUACGCGCAGAUGGAGACAGGUCUGAGUCCUGAGAUCGCUCACUUUAACAUGCAGUACCAAAAUGGACGAGACAUUGAUGUGAAGCCUGCAGACAGACACAACUUAUUACGGCCAGAGACUGUGGAGAGUCUGUUCUACAUGUACAGGUUCACCAAAGACAACAAAUAUAGAGACUGGGGCUGGGAUAUACUACAGAGCUUCAACAAAUACACUAGAGUCCCCAGUGGGGGCUACACCUCCAUAAGUAACGUCCGUGACCCCUCGAACCCUGCACCCAGAGAUAAGAUGGAGAGUUUCUUCCUCGGAGAGACAUUGAAAUAUCUCUUUCUGCUCUUCGUUGAUGACACUGAGAUGAUCAGUCUGGAUAAGUAUGUGUUCAACACUGAGGCCCAUCCACUGCCCAUAUGGCCGUCCACUUCGUGACGAGAGGGGCCAGACACGCGGGGCUCUUCGUCCACCUUUAACAAGAAUUGAUGCAGGCUUCCACAAGAAGUUGUUCCUCAGAGCUCUUGCAUUCGAUGGAUUCUCAUGGUGGGCCACUCCGCAGUGAGGAUUUGGUUUUUGAAUAGAGGUGGCAGGCUAUUAUGCACUGACCUUUUACUGUGCAAGAGAGGUUUAUUACAAUAUGCUGAGAGUUUUUGCAUUUUCUAAUGGAUCCUAUAAGAACAGAUUUUGGCGAGGUGUUACUCACAGCUUGGGCUGUAAUGAAAUCUCUUGUCAGUGAAAGACUUGAAAAUGGUGUCUACUUUAAAUUCUUGUAUAAAAAUAGUGUAAAAUAGUGUACAGUAUCACUUUUAUGUAAGGUUUGAUUAGUUUGUGCAUUAAUUUAUGCAUUUGGUAUCAUGAAUUAACAAUGAACAAGUAUUUACUGCGUUAAUUAAUGUUUUUUAUUUAUAUGUAAUGUUUUGUAAAUGUAUGGUCUAGAAAUUAACUAAUACUGUUUAUUUAAAGGGACACUCCAC